GUAAAACGUGUUGCAGAAAUUACAAGUCUAGAUCAGUGACUACCUACGACAAAUUGAAUGAAUCAUCCUCUCGCUCAAACUAUAAAGUAAUUAGAAUAUAGUUGAUCGCUUAAUAAUAACUGUUCGAUUGAGUUUCAUAAUAAAUUUUAUAUUCUCGCAUAAAAAACAACGCACAAAUUUUCCAAUACACGCUAAUGUAACAAAAUGAAUGCACAUUUGUGUGCAAUCCAGAGAAGACAAAGUUCUUUAAGUUAUUUAGCGAAUCACUCAACAGGACAACAUACAUAAUUUUCUGAUUUGUUCGACAUCUUCAGGAUUUCCUGAUGAAAACCAGAGCGAUCUGUAUAUCUGCUAUAUGUCAACUUCUUCUUCACUUAGAAGGUGCUUUAUCGAACUGGGAAGAUUGGUGGACUUACGAUGGAAUUUCAGGCCCAAAUUUCUGGGGCUUGUUAAAUCCUGACUGGAAGCUGUGUGACAAGGGUCGUCGACAGUCUCCAAUAAACAUGGACCCUUCAAUCCUUCUGUUUGACCCACAGCUUCGACCUUUGCAAAUGGACAAGCUUCGUGUGAGCGGGACCAUCCGCAAUACUGGCCACAGCAUUAUAUUUGACGCCGACACGACCCCCGAAGUAGCCGUAGUUAAUGUCACCGGUGGUCCACUGUCAUACAAGUACCGUUUACAACAAAUCCACAUCCAUUACGGACGAGAAGACAACAGAGGCUCAGAACAUAUGAUCGGUGGAUACGCGUUUCCUGCUGAAUUGCAGAUUAUUGGAUACAACUCAGAUUUAUAUCCCAACAUGACUGAAGCUUUAAGGCUGCAUAAAAAUCAAGGGCUAGUAGGCCUGUCAGCUUUGAUGCAGUCUGGAGACCUAUCAAACGCAGAGCUAAGGAUUGUUACGAGCAAAUUAGAUGAAAUCACUUUUAGAGGGCAAGAAGCAAAGAUAGAACACCUGUCGUUUCGAGAGCUUCUUCCGAAAACAGAUUUUUACGUUACAUAUGAUGGUUCCACUACUUUACCCGGAUGUUACGAAACAGUAACUUGGAUAGUCAUGAACAAACCCAUAUUCAUUACUAAACAACAAUUGCACGCCUUACGAAAACUAAAACAAGGCGACAAACCGACCCCUAAAGCACCUUUGGCUGAUAACUUUAGACCUAUUCAAGCUCUUAAUCACCGGGUUGUACGAACUAAUAUAGAUUUCAGAAGACCAAGGGGUACACACUGUCCAACAAUGUUUCAGGAUCUCAAAUAUCGAGUGAAUUCACAGUCGUGGAACGAUGGGUCCUGACGUUCGCGACCAAUGAGUGAAUAAAUCUGGUGUUUGUGCCAUCAAUAACCUCCGCGCCAGUCUUUAGCCACUGCAGCAACACUCAUACAUGGACAGUUUUAUCAAGCUGUAUGCAGUUCUGAUUUUCUUCUAGCCAUCAGAUUUGAAAUUCCAGAGUUUGUCUUGUUUUUGUUUAUUUUCUUGAGAGAGAAGAACUGAAGACUUGAGUAGUUGCAUAUAUCUCAACCGAAACUUUAUUGUUAGAUUUAUAGUGAAACCUAAUAAGAUUUUGAUGAUUUUUUGUUGAAAAGGAAAACUUUCAACUUUUAUGGGGGUCAAACAUAGAAUAACUUGAGUAAAACCAUGCACAUUUUCUUCACUUAUUUGGUUUAUGAUAUCUUAGUUAGUUAUUUCUGACGUAGUCGUACAACACGAUGAUUUGAGGAAGGUGCAUCAUUAACAAAAUGAGCCGUCAUAAUUUCCAAUUAUAAAGUUCUGUAAACUAUUAUUUCUAGUAACACAGGUCUUGCAUUUGAAACACUCAAACAUAGUAUUCUUGUUCAAGAACUUGGUUUGUUAGCUGCUAAAUGUGGCUACCACUUAGGUCGGAAUGUGGUUACAUUGCUCACAAUUAUCUACUACAUUUUACUAAAGCGGCAUUACUUAUUCGUAUUGUAUCUUAGACAAUACAUAUAAUCAAGUUAGAAUAUUCAAAGAGGAAACAUAGUGAAUUGCGUAUAGUUAAAACCCUCGUUUUCAGAUAGAAAACAUUGGAUUAUUUACUAAUUAAGUAAGUAUCUUAGAAACAAGUUUCCAUUACAUAGGUAUAGGUUGUAGGCAGAAAUUUAUUAUUGAGGAUGGGGGGCAAAAUGAGGCUCUCGCUCUCAGAAAAGAGUUUGGAGGUUCUAUCAAAUGGAAUUCUAAGGCACGAAACCUCUCUAGAACCCAGGCAAGGCGUAUAACAGCAAAGAAAAACACAAUUAGGGUUUACAGGGAAAACAAUACAUCUUUUUAAACGCGAAAAUAUGUUUGUUGAAUUAGUAUAGUUUUGUACUAUCCUUUAUAAAAUUUAAAAGACGUGUCUAUAAACACCUGUAGUUUAUAAAUUCAGUAUGGACGAAAAUGUUCGAUUUAAUUAUAUUAUCUGACUGUUGUAGUGACUUUAAAACUUUUUGACUCAUUAAAAGUUAAGUAACGUAAAAGAAAUCUCAAAUAAUUUUGUUUUAAAAUUCCACAAUUUCUGACUCAGUUUCAGCCACAAAAGAUUGUAAUUUAACUUUUAUGACCAUGGAUUAUGAGGCAGAAAAAUAUAUAAUGAAUCGAAUUGAAAAAUAUUAAUUUCCUUUGCUGUUUUUUCAAUCACGGAGAAAAUAAUAUAUAUAUUCAUUUUUUCUCUCCAUUUUCUCGUUUCUUUUCUUUCUGGAGAUCGAGCAGAUAUUAUUUUAGGGAAAAAUUGCCCCCUUCAUUCUAACAUCUGUGCGCUACAGCCUUAAUUAUUUUCCUUUCACAACCUGAAAAAUGUUUCUUUAAAGUUUCGUACGCUAGUAACUAAUCACUCACUUUGCAAUUAAAAUGCAACAUAACCUAGAAUAUAAAACAUACAUAUUGACAAAUAUGCAGAUGUGAAUCGUUUGAUUUCAGUUAAACCAUAGAACUUUUAUAAGUUAUAUUUGAGGUAAGUUCGGCACAUUUUUUUAAAAUAUUUUUGCACAGGAAUUUCUCACCAGAUGUUUUCCUUUUCUUAAGUUAUUACUUAUGUAUUAGACAUUGGUAGCAUUUUACCAACGUCUAAUACAUACAGUUUUAUAUGUAUUUGCUGGCUAACUUAUCGAAAAAUUAAGUACAGUGUUUCAUAUGAGUAGGAUUUGGUGUUUCACAAAUCAGUUUUCUGAAAUAAGUAGUUGAUCAGAUUGUUCUGGCAGAUAACUUGCUUUCAAUCAUUUGUUUAAAACUUGAAGCUAAGCGCUUCAUCACAUUUUCAGAAUAUAUUUCAACACUCUCUCAGUA